AGCACGCGCUGAACCCUAGAGCAGGAAGCAAAAGGUGCAGAAGUUCUGUGGGAAGGCGGCUUCCCAGGGCGGGUGUGCUGGGGACCCACGCGGCACCGCGGGGAGGGGGCUCUGCGCGCUCAACCCCGUCCCGGGCACUAUCCGCCGCCUCCACCCGCCGGCCUCCCGCAGCCUGGCCAGCGCCAUGAGGACCAAGCAGGUGAACUUGCUGAUCACCCUGGUCGCCGUCGCGUUGUUCAGCUUCUCUUGCUUCUGCAUCUACAGGAUAACUCAAACCACCAGCAUCUUUCCGCAUCUUUCCUCCUUCGUGGUCCGGGUUACAUCACCAGGCCCCGCUUCAUGCCUCCCUCCUCCCUGGAGUGUUUUUUGCGUACCUGAAAAGAGGUGGUAGAAAGGAGAGGGACGUCCCUGACCACCUACAGCGCCGGCCCGGCUCCUGGACUUCUCCGAUGGACCGCAGGCCUGUGUUCCGCUCCCACACACACUCAAGAUGCAAUUUCUCCUGGCCCAUAGAAGUGCCAAUUUAGGAAACAAAGAUAAUCAAUUAAUUAACUGUAGAAACCAUAUUUUGGAGUUUAAAGAAAAUAUGCUACACUUAAGAAACAAAACUGAAAAAAAUAGCCAAGAGAUGAAAGUUUUGAAUCGAAUGAAGUAUGAAAUUACAAAGAGAGAAAUUUUGUCAGGAAACUUAGUUGCACAGAAAGCAGACAUAUUAAAUAAAAAUGAAACAGUAUCUAAUACAUUUGAAGACUUAAAGUUCUUUUUUCCUCAUCUAAGGAAAGAAGGUAGAAUUUAUCCUGAUGUAAUCAUUGGCAAAGGGAAAACUGGUGUUUCUUUUGCGCUGGGUAUUUCUACUGUUAACAGAGGAAAUUAUAGUUACCUGAAACAGACACUGACCUCUGUUGUCUCCAGGAUGACGCUCUCCCAAGAGAAGGAUUCUGUAGUGAUUGUCUUGGUCGCAGAUAGUAAUGAAGAUUAUUUACAUUCUGUUGUUAAAAUGAUUACAAAAAAAUUCAAAAGGCAAGUGAGGUCUGGAUCCUUAGAGGUCAUUUCAAUACCUGCCUUUUUAUACUCAAGCAUGUUAAAUGCCAAGCACUUAGCUGAGGCCUCACGAAAAUUAGCCAGUUGGCGAACCAAACAGGUAUUGGAUUUUUGCAUUUUGAUGCUGUAUGCCCAACCCAAGGCCAAGUAUUAUUUACAGCUAGAAGAUGAUAUCAUAGCUAAAGAGAUGUACUUUACAAAAAUAACAGAUUUUGUAGGUAAUAUCAGUUCAAAUAAUUGGUUUUUUAUUGAGUUUUCAAUGCUUGGAUUCAUAGGAAAGCUGUUUAGAUCUGAGGACUUAACUCACUUUGUACGGUUUUUUUUAAUGUUCUACAAAGAGAAACCCAUAGACUGGCUCUUGAAUGACAUUUUUCAGGUAAAGGUGUGUGACACAGGAGAAGAUCUUAGAAACUGUAUGAAACGAAAGAAGCAAAUACGUAUUCAGUAUAAACCUUCUCUUUUCCAGCAUGUGGGUAUACAUUCAUCAUUCCCUAGAAAAGAACAAUAUGAAAAAAAAAUAUGAAGAUAAAUAAGAAGAAACUCCAUAAUACCUGGAACUUCAGAUAACCUUGAUAUCUAAUGGCAUGUUUCAGAAAUUGUAGUAAUGAAAAUACAUAAUUAUCUAGCAGAUAAAUAAACAAUGAAUAAACUAGUAGACUUGAAAGUACUAAAUGACUUCUUAUGUCAAGACAAGGUAGAACAUUGAUUUAUAUUGCUUUUACCCUAUUACAAUUUAAUUUAAAAAUACUAAAGGCAAGGAAGUUUUUUUUAAAUUAACAACCGUACUUUAUUGACUUCGAUAGUGAGACCAUCACAUAAUCUCAAUAAACAGUUAAAAGUUCGAAAGCUUGCUAUUGUCAGGGAGAAGUCUGGGGUGAAUUGGUAUAUGCCGUUACCCAUUUUGUUAAGACACCUAAAGAAAUAGAAAGCACAAAUUUAAACAAGCCUGGAUCUGACAGUGCCACAAUGUCUUCUUGUCUUUUAAUAGAUGCAUUUAAAACUAUAAACUUAUCCCUAUGUGCCAUUUGAACCGAUUAUCAAACAUCUUGAUAUAUAUGUAUUCUUAUAGUCAUUUAGUUCUAAAGAUUUCAUACUUUCUCUCAUCAUUGCCUUCUUAACACACAGAUUAUUUGGGAGGUUUUUUUUCCCAAAUAUAUUGGUUUUCUCCAUCUUUUAUUGUUAAUUUCUAAAUUACUUGCAUAGUGGUUAUAGAACUUUACCUGUGUGAUAAAAUUUUGAGAAUUGUUGUGAAUCUUUGUGUUCCAUAUGACUUUGGAAAGAAUGUAUAGUUUCUGUAUACUCCCUUUUAAAUAUGUUGUAUUCGUUUGUUUUUAAAAGUGUUGGUUUUGUGCUUUAAAAAUAUCUCUUAAAAGUAUUCCUAUCUAUUGGGUGCAAGAUUCUCUUAUAUCAGGCUUUCUAAUUUGGUUGUUGAAAACUUUUCACUCCUUACUAAUUUCUAUAUGCUUGAUCCAUCAGUUUCUUACAGGGGCCCAUUAAAAUCUGUUUUUCUUCUUGAUGUUAUUCUGUAAGGUACUACUUAUUUUGAGCAAUAAUAAGCGAUAUUUAUUUGUUAUCCUUUAAUCAAAUAUUGUGAAAUUCUUCAUUUCCCAUUGUUGCCUUAUUCUUGAGUGCCAAGAUCUCACACAUUCGCCUCAGUAUGAACUGUAUCAAAUACCAAUGUAUAAAGAUAAUAUGAAAGAUGAA